AACAUGAUUAGUGCAUUUUUCAUCUAUAAUCAAAAGGGAGAGGUUCUUAUCUCUCGACUCUACCGACAUGACUUGAGACGUUCAGUUGCAGACAUGUUUCGAAUUCAAGUCAUUUCAAAUACAGAUGUUCGUUCUCCCAUCGUUACUUUGGGCUCAACCUCAUUCUUUCAUGUACGCCAUGAAAACCUCUAUAUUGUUGCAGUUACUAAAUGGAACGCUAAUGCAGCUUUAAUUUUCGAGUUUUGCUAUCGUGUUGUUAAUAUUGGUCGAAGCUAUUUCGGAAAGUUUGAUGAAGAGGCUGUUAAAAACAAUUUUGUAUUAAUUUAUGAAUUGUUAGAUGAAAUUCUUGAUUUUGGUUAUCCUCAAAAUAGUGAGACAGAUACACUCAAGAUGUAUAUAACAACAGAGGAAGUCAAGUCUGAAAGAGCAGUAGAAGACUCGAGUCGAAUUACUAUUCAAGCUACAGGGGCUAUUUCUUGGAGAAGAAAUGACAUAAAAUACAGAAAGAAUGAAGCAUUUAUUGAUGUUAUUGAAAGUGUCAAUUUGUUAAUGAGCAAUACAGGGACUAUUUUAAGAGCAGAUGUAGCAGGUCAGAUUUUAAUGAGGGCUUAUUUAUCUGGUACACCUGAAUGUAAAUUUGGUUUAAAUGAUAAAUUAUUACUUGAUAAAGAUGCAGUUAAUCGUACAGCAUCACGUCGCGCAAAUGCAGUUGAAAUUGAUGAUUGUCAAUUUCAUCAAUGUGUAAAACUUGGUAAAUUUGAUACAGAUAGAACCAUUAGUUUUGUACCUCCAGAUGGUGAAUUUGAAUUGAUGAAAUAUCGUACAACUGAAAAUGUAAAUUUGCCUUUUAGAGUUCACCCUGUUGUUACUGAAAUUGGAAAUACACGUGUAGAGUAUAAUAUUAGUAUCAAAGCGAAUUUUUCACCAAAGCUUUAUGCAAACAAUGUCAUUAUAAAAAUUCCUACUCCUUUGAAUUCAGCUAAAGUAGAAGUCAAAGUAGGCUCUGGCGGCAAAGCAAAGUAUGCGCCUUCAGAAAAUUGUAUAAUCUGGAAGAUUUCUCGAUUCCAAGGCCAAGCUGAAUUUAAUUUAAGUGGUGAAGCUAUAUUGACUUCAAUGACCCAUAAGCGUGCUUGGUCAAGACCACCAAUUUCAAUGGAUUUCCAAGUUUUAAUGUUCACUUCUUCUGGUUUACUUGUAAGAUUCUUAAAAGUAUUUGAAAAGAGCGGAUAUCAGUCUGUUAAAUGGGUGAGAUAUAUGACGAAGGCAGGAUCUUAUCAAAUUAGAUUUUAAAAAGUAUAUUCAGUGAAUAUAGUGAUUAUUAUAUAAUACCCCACCCUUUCUUUCCCAAUUUAAAGCUAAAGCUAUACUAUAUACAUACUUUAUAUAUCAUAUCAUAGAUAUUGUUAAGUAUAUAUAUA